UCGGUAGGAGGACAUAUGUUGUGAACGUUUGUGGAUAUCAACAAAAUCGACACCGUACUUGAAUCCGACCAAUCCGAUGAUCCGCUGAAGUCGCGGUAUCGCCAGGGAGGACCGAUUACCAAAACAUUGACCGGACGGACGGUGGUGGUUAUGGAAAAAUGGUGGCAGAUUUAAAGAUUGGAGAAGAUAAACACAGUCUCGGUGAGCUGUUGGACUGGCUCAAUGGAUUACUUCAAGCCACGUUCAGUCAAGUGGAGGACACAUGCUCAGGUGCUGCUUUUUGUCAGUUGAUGGACAUCAUUCAACCUGGAUCUAUUGACAUAACUAAAGUGAAUUUCACAGCAGAGGAGAACCUAGACAUCUUGAAUAAUUAUAAUCUGCUACAGGAAGCUUUCAGCAAGGCACAGAUUCAAAAGGAGCUGAAGCUGACAUUGUUGGUGAAUGGAGAUAUUUUGACAACGUGUGAUUUGCUUACAUGGUUCAAAGACAUGCAUGAUCACAACUUUGCAAAGCAGAAAUGUAACCCACAGGGGGGGUUUGUUAAACCUGAAGUAGUUUCAUUGAAAUCAAACAGAGAGUUUGAAACAAUUAAGAAGGAAAAUGUUUCAAGCCUCUACAGUACUGAAGAAACAAGUCUAAACCAGAAAAUGCUAAACAUUGAGAAGACAUCACAAGAGUCUCUCUCCUGGAGUCCACUCACAUCUUUCAAAAGAAAGUAUGGCUCAUCUACCUUCAAUGAUGAUGAAUCAAACAAUAUAAAUAGCAAGGACUGUCCAGGCCAGAAAUCAAAUGGAGACAUUACACCAUUCUGCAGCCAGACUCCAUACUGCCUUUAUUUCUUUCAUGGAGUGGAGCUCGAGGAUGACAAGAAGGCCAAUCUGAUCUUGUUGGGCUUUUUUGACAAAGAAACUGGGGAAAACAAUAUCAGACUACUAGAUGUUGUCUGUCCAACAAAAGAAUCCACUGAAGACAUCUGCAACUACAUCUCGGGCAUGCUGAGGAAGAUUAGAAUACCUAUAUUCAACAUGGCAGUAUUAUAUUCAGAUUUCCCAGAUCACAAACAUCUUGUAGCUGGUCUACAGUUAAUGAAAUCUGAGAUUGUGUCUUUAUGUGGACUUACAGAACUGACAGGACAAGUGUGUCACAGUGGUGUUGAGAAAAUUGAGUUUUCUGACCUGAUUCUGAAUCUCAUCACAGAGAUCUACAAACACUUCCCAUCUUUCCCAGCAGAUCUACAAGCUUUGCUUGAAGAUAUUGAGGGGUCAGACAUUGAUAAUCAUCUGACAUCUCAGUGCUCUCUCUUCUGGAGAAUAAUUAAGAAAAUUCUUUUAGCUUGGUCACAUCUUGAGAAGUAUUUUGGAUCUCUGGGUACAGAAGAAGAAGCAGUCUGCCUUCUUCUAGAUGAUCCCAAAAUAAAACUCAACGUCCUCUUUCUUACCCACGCUUUGCAGCCGCUUUGUGAUUUUCAGGAGACCAUUGAUCAAGGUGCCAGCGUCUUACAACUGCUCCAAGAUGCUUCUAAAUUAUUGAGACUUUACACGCAGAGUUUCCUCAGACCAAAAGCAGCAGAGUAUUUUCACAGGAGAGGAAAGACCUCACUUGUACGGGAGACGGUGGGACAUUUACCUAGAGGAGAGGUUGCAGUCGGCGAACAGGCUGCUGAUUUUCUCCAGCAGCACUCUGAAGAGUUGUCUGACUACUUGGAGACAUUUCACAGUUCCAUCAUCUCCUUCUACACCACUGUUACUGUUAGUAUCGUUGAACGUCUACCUCUCCCUGAUUCCACCCUGAGAAACUUGUCGUUGGUGUUGAGUCCAGGAAAAAAGCUUGAAGUGACCGGCAAAAUGGUCCAAGAAUUAGGCGUCGGUUUUGGUGUUUGCUUAAGCCCAGACAAUGUCAGCCUGCUAACGGAUGAGUUUUUGGAGUACCAGUUUAUUGACGGGAGUGACACUGGCUCAGUCGACCAGCCAACUGAGAAGUACUGGCAAACAGAGCUGAGGAUUAUGGGAAAUGCAUCUAAUUUUGGGAAAUUAAUUGUUAGCUUGUUGGCCCUUCCCAAAACACUGAAAAAAGAGAUCAUUUUUGAACAGAUGUUUCAACAAACUGACUAUCUCAAGAUGAUGAGAAUAGAGGAUUGUGAGGAUAAGGAUAUAAUGGAGGACGAUGUCACAGACAGCAGCUCGUAUAAAAGCGCUCCAUCACAUCUCAGUCCAGAGACUCAGGGAAGCAGCAUAUCUGAUGUCAUUGACCUUACUGAAAUGGAUGAGAUGGCUCCAGUGGAAAUAGAGGACAUUGCACCAAUGGAUGUGGAUGAUAUUGUGUCAAUUUCUUCUGAUUCCGAAACAGAAAACCAAAAAGACAAUGUUCCAAAAGUAUCUAUAGUCUUAGAUGAUGACGAUGAUGAUGAAAUGACAGAUGAUGAUGACGAUUAUGGCUGUGAAGUUGGCGAAGUCAUGUGGAAGUAUUCGAAAAAUAAAGAAGGAAAUACACAAAAUGAGAUAACAGACAACACAUACCAGGAUGGUUAUUCAGUUGGUGAGAUGGUUUUGGGACCAAUUGAGGGCUUUGGGCUUUGGCCUGGACUAGUUCAGAGCUGGGACAGCGAGAGGCCUUGUGGCUCCAUGCGUAAAGUGAUUUUCUUUGGGAACGGGAUGCAGACAGAAGUCCAAGCAGACAGGCUUCUGCCCUUCUCUUCAUUAGCCAAGUGCUUUUGUUCUAACUCCUUCGCUACAGUAAUGGCAUAUAAAGAUGCAAUUUUCAGUUCUCUGCAGGUGGCUUCCAGACGCAGCAGAAUGUUUUUUUCUCCAGAGAGUGAAUCUAAGGAUGAGCUUCUUAGAGUCAUGUUGAACUGGGCAUUUGGAGGCUUUGAACCACUGGGUGCAGAUGGACUCCAACCUCAAUCAGAAUACAAUGUGAAAGUGAAAAAGGGAAACCGCAAGAACCCUACAGGAAAGUUGUUUAAUUUAACUGUGCCUCUCAAUAAAAUCCCUGAAUCUCUGGACCUGAACAAUGGCUCAGUAGACCUGGGGACAACAGAUGCCGACAAGAAAGACUUGUAUUCAAAAUGGAAUGGAGGAUCAAUGCAGAACGUUAAGAUUCGUAGAAAAUAUAAACAGCGGAAUAAGAAUAUCACCCCAACUGUACAGAUCGAGUCCAGGCAGAACAGCCAAAAAAGACAUCAAAUGGUGCAUGAAUUUCUUAAAAAUAAGAGAAAGAUUGAAGAUUUCUGCUUAUCUUGUGGCAGUAUGCCUGUUGACAUCAUUCAUCCACUCUUCGAAGGAAAGCUGUGUACAAACUGCAAGUUUAAUUUUACGGAGACGCUGUACAGAUAUGAUGAAGAUGGCUAUCAGUCGUACUGCACCGUCUGCUGUUCUGGCAUGGAGGUCAUUCUGUGUGGCCAUGACAGCUGCUGUCGCUCCUUCUGUGUGGACUGUCUGGAUAUUUUAGUGUGUCAGGGGACGUUUGACCGGCUGAAAAAUGUGGACCCUUGGACCUGUUACUUGUGUGCACCUGAGACCAGCUCUGGAGCCUUGAAGCCCAGGCAUGACUGGAGCAUCAGAGUGCAGGAGUUCUUUGCCAAUGACACCGGCAUGGAGUUUGAACCCCAUCGUGUUUAUCCAUCAAUCCCUGCUGUCCAGCGACGUCCAAUCAGAGUCCUCUCAUUAUUUGAUGGCAUAGCUACAGGAUAUCUUGUUCUGAGGGAUCUUGGCUUCAAAGUGGAAAAGUAUGUGGCUUCAGAAAUUGAUGAAGAGUCAAUUACCAUUUCCAUGGUCAACCAUGAUGGGAAAAUCACUCAAGUGGAUGAUGUGAAAAACAUUACGAAAAAACAUAUUGAGAAAUGGGGUCCAUUUGAUCUUCUCAUUGGUGGAAGUCCAUGUAAUGACUUGUCCAUAGUCAAUCCUGCUCGGAAAGGCUUGUAUGAGGGCACUGGACGGCUGUUUUUUGAGUACUAUCGGCUUCUGAAUGUUUUGAAGCCAAAGGAGGAUGAUCCACAACCUUUCUUCUGGCUGUUUGAGAAUGUCACCUUCAUGCAAACCCACGUUAAAGCAGACAUUUGCCGCUUUCUGGAAUGUAACCCUGUGCUUGUUGAUGCCGUGAAAGUGAGUCCAGCUCACAGAGCAAGAUACUUCUGGGGGAACAUACCUGGCAUGAACAGACCAAUCAUAGCAUCUCAGAAUGAUAAACUCCGUCUUCAAGAAUGUCUGGAGCCUGGCCGCACUGCAAAGUAUGAAAAAAUUCGCACUAUCACUACACGGCAAAACUCACUGAAGCAGGGCACCAAUGACGCACAUUUCCCUGUCACCAUGAACGGUAAAGAUGACCACAUAUGGAUCACAGAAUUGGAGAAAAUAUUUGGAUUUCCGAAGCAUUACACAGAUGUGAAAAGCAUGGGUCGUCCGCAGAGGCAGAGAGUAUUGGGGAAGUCCUGGAGUGUUCCUGUCAUCAGACAUCUUUUAGCACCACUGAAGGAUUACUUUGCUUGUGACGAAUUCCCUGUGAAAUGAAGAGAGGCUAGGAGGAGGAUUUUAAUUCUUUUUUGGUCAAUGUAAAAAGACUCAGGGACACUCAACUAAGUUGCUUUUUAAGUGUUUUUUAAACUUUUUUAAUGAAACUGUUAUGAUUAGCUGAAGAAUAGUUUGGAAUAAUGCUGGGAAGGUUGAUUGUAUUUUAUUGAAUGAUGCAUAAAAUCACGUGUCACUUUUUAAAAAUUGUAUUUUUCACAAUUUAUAAUCAUGUUUUACAUGUUAGUUGCAAAUAGAUAAAUGUCGAUGUGAGAUUGAGCCAAAAAAUAAACCUUUUUAUUGUGUGCAA